AUGUUCCGGACAGUUCCUCACGUGCGCCCUCUUCCUCAGUUCACACACUGCUCUCUGCUGCUCCUGUCCACACCCAGCGCUAACACCAAGUCCAUGGAGGUCAGGCAGCUAUUGUCAAGCGUAUCAGCCGGCUCCACUGCACGGCCCCUCUGCACGGCUCCACUGCACGGCCCCACUGCACGGCCCCACUGCACGGCUCCACUGCACGGCUCCACUGCACGGCCCCACUGCACGGCUCCACUGCACGGCUCCACUGCACGGCCCCACUGCACGGCUCCACUGCACGGCUCCACUGCACAGCGCUCUGUCAACCUUUUGUUCCCCACUGGUGCUGGGGGGGUCUGGUGUCAGUCUAAUCCAGUGUCCACGGUCCACACGCGCACCGGCGUAUCAGCCGGCUCCACUGCACGGCCCCUCUGCACGGCUCCACUGCACGGCCCCACUGCACGGCCCCACUGCACGGCUCCACUGCACGGCCCCACUGCACGGCUCCACUGCACGGCCCCACUGCACGGCUCCACUGCACGGCUCCACUGCACGGCUCCACUGCACGGCCCCACUGCACGGCUCCACUGCACGGCUCCACUGCACAGCGCUCUGUCAACCUUUUGUUCCCCGCUGGUGCUGGGGGGUCUGGUGUCAGUCUAA